AUGGGUGAAUGAAUGAACCCUCUGAGAUCAGAUUAGCUUUUUGGCACAUUUGCAAACUGAGACUCCGGGUAGGUUUGCCUGGAACCACUAGCCAAGAAGGUUCCAGUAUGGAAUUGGAAUUGGAGUGGCCCUCCCGGACUCUGCCCCCGGCCACUGGGGAGAUUCCUGAGACGUGUCCAUCAGCUCUCCUCCCCUCCCCACCCUCGGAGAAGGGUGGCUCCCUCCCAACCUCUCCCCGCGGUUGGAGGCGUGGGUAGCAGCUGGGAGAACCGGCUGGGUGCUGCCCCUCCCCUUGGGCGUGGAGGGAGGCACCUGGCAGGCUCCUCGGGUGGCAGAUGCCCCCGCCGCACAUACUUGGCCCCCGAGCCGCCUGCUCCCUGCGCGUCCUCCCCUCCCUUCCCUCACCGGCCCGCCAUGGACGGGCCCGCCGAGCCCCGGAUCCCUGCGCUGUGGGACACGCAUGAAAACAACAUCUCGGAACUCAGCCAGAAGUUGUCAGGCGAAUACUUCAGGUACAAGGGCAUCCCUUUCCCCGUCGGCAUCUACUCACCCGAGAGCAUCCGCAUAGUAGAGAACGCUGAUGUGCAGGACGACGACAUCUUCAUCAUCACCUACCCCAAGUCAGGCACCAACUGGAUGAUUGAGAUCCUCAGCUUAAUCCUAAAGGACGGGGACCCAUCCUGGAUCCGCUCGGUGCCCAUCUGGAAGCGGGCACCCUGGUGUGAGACCAUCAUGGGUGCCUUCAGCCUCUCGGACCAGCCCAGCCCCCGCCUCAUGAGUUCCCACCUCCCCAUCCAGCUCUUCACCAAAGCCUUCUUCAACUCCAAGGCCAAGGUGAUCUACAUGGGCCGGAACCCCCGGGACGUGGUGGUCUCGCUCUAUCAUUACUCCAAGAUUGCUGGGCAGUUGAAGGACCCCGGCACGCCUGACCAGUUCCUGCAGAACUUUCUCAAAGGCGAAGUGCAGUUUGGCUCCUGGUUCGACCACAUUAAGGGCUGGAUUCGGAUGCAGGGCAAAGAGAAUUUCCUGUUUAUCACCUAUGAGGAGCUGCAGCAGGAUCUCCACGGCUCCGUGCAGCGCGUCUGCCAAUUCCUGGGUCGGCCGCUGGGUGAGGAGGCGCUGGGCUCCGUGGUGGCGCACUCAGCUUUCGGCGCUAUGAAGGCCAACGCCAUGUCCAACUUCACGCUGCUGCCUCCCAGCCUGCUGGACCAGCGCCACGGUGCCUUCCUCCGGAAAGGCGUGUGCGGUGACUGGAAGAACCACUUCACGGUGGCGCAGAGCGAAGCGUUCGACCGUGUCUACCGCGAGCAGAUGCGGGGGCUGCCCACCUUCCCCUGGGACGUCCCCGAGGACGCCAGCCCGGACCCCGAUCCCAGCCCCAGCCCCCCCGAGGCCCCCGAGCCCCCCAACCCGUGACUCUGAGAAUAAACGCAGCGCUCCUGCCCCGGCUCUCGCUGCGCUCUGGAGGUGGCUUGCCGCGGGCGGCCGGCAGGGGGCGCGCGAGGGAGGCGGAGGCUGGGGUGGGGACGCGCCGCGCACCCAGGGCCCCCGGAGAAGACGAGGUCUUCUUCCCCACCCCGCACGCCAGUGGGGUCGGUGACUCAGAAGCCCCCGCCGGAGGCGAAGGUGCUGCGGGAAGGCAAGCGCUGAGCACCUGCCUCCCCUCAGGGCCGGGGCGCUGCGGCGAGGCCCUCCUGGGUGUGAGGGAGGAGGGGGCCAGAACUGCAUUCCUGGGUCUUCUGCUAGGCUCUGGAACUGCAAGAUUCUGGCAUCAAGCAGCUUUAUUCUGAGCAGAGGGAAAGGGAGCCCCCAGCAACUCAGCGCUUAGCACCCGCAAAACAGUCCCAGCCCCCCUGGCCCUGACCCCCACCAAUUUCCAGGCCCUCAUUAUUCAGCCCCACUCCCUCGAUUGGAUUCUGUCCUCUCCCUUGCCAAGCUGUUUCCCCACAGCUCCUGAGCGUGGUGGGUACCGGAAGCUGCCCCACUUUGUCCCACGGACUCCCCACCUUCACCCCACACAAUUCCAGCACCCGGGCCAUUCAGCCAGGCCAGUCCGCAGAGAAGUAGGAUAUGCUGUUCUAGGAUCCCAGCUACUGGAGGCUUUCUGCCCAUUUCCUAAACUGUGACACUGGCCUCUAGAGUGAGCACUGGGCUUGCCCAGGUUCUAGAACAAAGAGAAAAAAACCCCUUCCGAUUUCCAGACAGAUACCCAGGCCAGAAGCCUUGUCCACGCCUCGACUCGGAGGCAGGGGGCUUGGAGCUGCGGGUCGAGAGGCCGGCCCCAUGCAGCUUUGGCUCCUGUCACGGUCGCCCCUUGAGUCCUGCCUGGGCGGCCCGGUCUGGCUGCUGGAAGCCUCGGGGUCCCAGGAGUUUGGAAGCAGCAUCUUCACCAAACCUCCUUCUGGUCGGGGACAGAUAGCGGAGGCGGCGUGCAGGGAGGAGGGGCAGGGGGCCGCCCCGGGGCUGGGACCGGCCCAGAGGACGGGCUUCGGUCUCACCCCUGGGAGCCCCUCCGGUGCCCCGCUGCCUCAUCAGGGCCUUGGCUGGGGUGUCCUUGGAGUCCCAGGACUUCUUGAGCUGUGGAGGGAAAGAGAGGGAGGUGAGAGAAGGCUCGGGGGACUGAGUCCAGGAAGGGUGUGUGUGUGUGUGUGUGUGUGACUCUCAGGGGAGGUGAGAAGGCCCCUGAGCCUCCAGAAUGGGGAAGGGAAGUGAUCCGGGAGGCCUGGGGCCCCCAGACCCUCAGAGGGCCAGCUGCUGUGUUCCCCCCUGCAGCUUUGCAGUUGGGGAGGAACAGGAAGCUGUCAGCAACUGCCUGGGGGGAGCAAAUAUUUGCCAAGGGAGGUGAUGGUGGGUGAGGGCGGCUCAGGACCGGGUGGAGGCGAGAGGACCUUGCCCCUGCGCUGCCCAUCCCCCUUCCCCCCUGGCCUGGAACUGAGGGAGGCAAUUCCUGGGACAUUCCUCCCUCACCCUCGGAAAAGGUCCCCACUAGGUCCCACGUAGCAGAUGGGGAAACUGAGCCCGAGAGGGGCACAGGUCACAGAGAACCUGUACCCCGGGUCUGCCGGCACGCAGGGCGAGGCCGCCUGCUUGUCCCACAUGGCUCUGCUCUCACCCUGUCGACAGCCCAUUUUACAGCUGAGGGCACAGAGGCUCCGCCCAGGGUCCCAGAGAAUUAGGGCGGGCUCCGUGGGAACCCCAGCGUCUCAGCAGCCGAGAGGAGGGGCACAGAGACCCCUUAGAGCUCGCCAAACCCCCUCCGCAACACCCGGACGACGCUCGAAUCUGGGAAGCCAGGGGCAGAGCGUUUAAAAGCUGCACCGGCGAGGCCACGAGGGCCGAGUUCUGAUCGCUCCCUUGUGCCUCAGUUUCCUCAUCUGUGAAACGGGUGGGCGGAGGCUCGUAACCUCAGAGGGUUUUGGCAAAGAUCCAAUUCAACCACCUCUGUGAGAGCCCCUGGCAUGUGGCACGGUGCCCACAAGAGAUGGUGGUUUUGACCUUGGGCAAGUUACUUGACCUCUCCGAGCCUCAGCUUUCCCAUCUGUGACCACGAGUGAGAAAAGAGAAUUACCUCACUGACCUGGGAUGAGGAUCUCGCGAAAGAAAUACAAAUAAAUUCCACCGUGGGGAUUUGUUGUAAUGCUUAAUGUUCUAGUUAGUUCAUCCUCCCCUCACUGACUUCUCCUUCCCACCAAACCGAGACUGGGGACAACUGCUGCACCCAUUCGCUAGAUGAGAACACGGAGGGUUCAGAGAAGGCAGAUGUCUGCCCAGCUCUCCCCAUUAGUGGGUCAUGCCAGGAUUUGCACCCAGGGUGGCUCUCGGGGUCCCUGCCCCCAGCCACCCAGCACUCCCUUGCCCAGCACGCAGUAGGACUAUAGGAAAUGGUCGCUGGGAUCAUGAAUUCAGGUGGGCGCUUUUGCUUACCCCACCUCCACCCCCAGCCCCGGCCUGGGCCCAGGCACAUAGUAGGCCCUCAGCUGCCCCAUCCUCUUCCUCUUGUUUCUCUGAGGCCAGCCACCAGUUCUCACCUCACUGUCACCGUCGCUGGAGC